AAGAAAACCCCAAAUGGAGCAAACAUGACUGAAAACCACUGAACAGCUACCGCAGCAAAAGCUCUGACAUUCUGUGUUCAAAGAUCUCUUUCAGCUCUGAAAUUAUGUGAUAUAAUAUGGUGAAAAAAGUGCUGGAUUUGGUACCAGAGGAUCCACUUUCCAAUCCCAACUCUAUCGUUUACUGCUUGCGUGCCUGUGGAAAAGUUACUCCAGUGAAGGGGGUUGGACUAGGUGACCUCCAAGGUCCCUUUCCAGCUCUGGGAGACUGUGACUCUGUUUGUCCUUCAGGGCUUGGAUUUCUCACAGCUAUCACCUGUGCCACUGACAGCUGCGAGUCUAGGAAUAAUCCGGGUCUUCAGGGCUUCUCUUAAGGCCAAACCCCAUGUCAAAAUGAGAAUCAGGGUGCUUGCACUCUCACUGAGUAGGCAGAAAGACUUCCUCCCUCCCCGCCUUGCCUCACCUCACCUCCCCCAACCGUGUCAUUACUGAACUUCCAAUGUCAAGUCGGCCGCGGUGGGGCAAGUGGGCUGGAGAAGGGUGUGUUGUAACAGCUGGGGAAAGGAGGCAAAGGUGAGCUGUGUGCCCAGCUGGUCACUCCCUGGGCCUCUGCUGGCUGUUGGUUACACUGAAGAGAAACUUCUCCGUUGCUGCCUGGGGUCACAGGUUCCCAGCACUGAUUGCUGGCUUCUGUCAUCACUUGGGGACCAAUCCUUCCUCUGAGACUGGCUGAAAGCUGACUUAGGCUCAUCAUUUUCCAUUGAUCUUUGAUACUAAGUUAUCGGGGAAAACGUAGAUGAGUAUAUAAUAGGUCUCCUGAUUGUCAGCUAACUACGAUUGGGUGCCUCUGCAGAACUCACAGACCAAGGGGGCUGGAGAAGGGCAGGCAGAAGAUUCCGAAGAUUUUGAGUCUGCAGUGCUGACAGAUUUGCUGUUUUACAAUGGAUUCUUCUCCAAGUCCUAGCCUCCAGACCUCAACACCCAAUGGAAAUAUUAACUUGGGACCUUCAGCAAAUCCAAAUGCCAGGCCAACAGACUUUGACUUCUUGAAAGUGAUUGGAAAAGGUAGCUAUGGAAAAGUUCUCUUGGCCAAACGCAAGUCUGAUGGGAAAUUUUAUGCUGUCAAAGUCUUACAGAAGAAAUCCAUCUUGAAAAAGAAAGAGGAAAAUCACAUCAUGGCAGAGCGCAAUGUGCUCCUAAAGAACGUGACACAUCCUUUCCUGGUGGGCCUCCGCUACUCCUUUCAGACUUCAGAAAAACUCUAUUUUGUCCUAGACUACGUCAAUGGAGGAGAGCUCUUCUUCCACUUGCAGCGGGAGCACUGUUUCCCCGAACCUCGAGCUCGGUUCUAUGCUGCCGAAGUGGCCAGCGCUAUUGGCUACCUGCAUUCUCUGAACAUCAUCUACAGGGACUUGAAACCCGAGAACAUUCUCUUGGAUUGCCAGGGCCAUGUUGUGUUGACUGAUUUUGGGCUUUGUAAAGAAGGAAUGGAGCCAGAAGAAACCACAUCCACUUUCUGUGGCACCCCUGAGUAUUUGGCUCCUGAAGUAUUGAGAAAACAACCUUAUGACAGAACAGUUGACUGGUGGUGUUUGGGGGCUGUUCUUUAUGAGAUGCUCUGUGGCUUGCCACCUUUCUACAGCCGAGAUGUUUCUGAAAUGUAUGAGAACAUCCUUCACAAGCCUCUCCAGAUCCAGGGAGGCAAGACAGUGGCAGCCUGUGACCUCCUGCAUGGCCUUCUCCAAAAGGACCAGAAGAAAAGACUGGGUGCCAAAGCAGACUUUCUUGAGAUAAAGAAUCAUGUCUUCUUCAGCCCGAUAAACUGGGAUGACUUAUACCACAAGAGACUCACUCCUCCUUUCAAUCCAAAUGUGGUGGGGCCUGCUGACUUAAGACACUUUGACCCAGAGUUCACUAAGGAAGCAAUUUCCAGUUCUAUUGGAUGUACACCGGAUUUAACAGCCAGUAGCUCUGGGGCUUCCAGUGCAUUUUUAGGUUUUUCUUAUGCACCUGGGGAUGAGAAUUUUUUAAACUGCUAAUAAGCCCACGCAUCAUCUCUAAAGAGCUGCUUGUGUUAUUUAUCUUCUGAGUCAAAUUGUACUGUCCUAUAGUGGAAGAUGUGAUGAGUAUAACUGUACAUGUCCCAAUUGUCUCAUGCUGACCAUAUAGCACUUUUAGGUGCUACAUCAGAAUGGUAUUCAUUUUGUGGGAUUAAAACUUAACAGGAAGGAAGAAACAGAGGAAGAAAUAGAGAAAGGAAGAAAAGAAAGAAGGAAGGAAAAGAGGGUAAGGUGGGGUAAUGUGGCCUACUAAAAACUGGCCCUACCUUAGUGGUGGUGGCAGUGAUGGGGCGCCACCCUGAUCUAUAUAGUCUGUUUUAAAAACUUACCUUCAUCAGUUACCCUAAAGGUGGUCAGGUAUUGGAAGACUGAUGCAUAAGACACUUAUUUAUAAACCAGAAAGCCAAUUUAUUAAUAUACAAUGGAAAAUAUAUCUGGCCUCACAACCAGUAAUGGUUAUUUUUGCAGGGUACCUUUAAAUGAGUGAAUUCAAAGAAUCUUGAAAUAAUUUGGCAUUAUUCAAAUUAUUCAAAGGUUAUUAAAUUAGAUAAUUAAAAAUUAUUUUUAAAAAACCUUUUGACCCAAUAAUUCUAUUAUUGGGCAUAUACCCCAAGGAGAUCAAUGACAAAGUAUAGUGGCACUUUUUGUAGUAGCAAACUGGAAAUGAGAUGGGUGGCUAUUUAUUGUGGAAUAGCAGAACAAAUUGUGAUAUGUGAAUAGAGUAGAAUAUUACAUUUAAGAAAUAAUGACAAUGAAGGAUUCCAAGAAACUUAGAAAGACUUUUAAGAACGUUAUGAUCAAACUAAGUUGAACCAAGAGAACACGACACACAAUGACCACAACAACAUAAAUGAAAAUAACCCUAAAAGAUGUCAGGACUGAAAACAAUGAAAAGAUUAGUUUGUGACUCCAGAAGGCUGUUUAUGAAAUAUCUCUCUCUUCUCUCAGCAGAGAUAUGGGGGAAACAGAUGUGGAAUGAGGCCUAUGUUGUCCACAGAGUCAAUGCUAGUUGUUUUGCUUCACUUUAAUAAUGCAACAAUGGUCAAUAUUUACAUGGUGCUUUAAUGUUUGUAAGGCACUUUACAUACAUUAUCUCACUUGAAUCUCACCACAACCCUUUGAAGUAGGUACAAUAGGAAUUCUCUUCAGUUUAUAGGUAAACAAACUGAAA